UUCAGUCUCACAGAGAAAAGGAGCCCAACAGUACUGGGCAGGGAUGGCGAGGCAGGGAUAAGAGUGAGAGGACAGCCAGAGCCAGGGUUGGUUCCAGCUAUGGGGGACCCAUGGCAUUCUCUCAGCACCUGGAUGCUGCUGGCCCUGCUGCUCCCACUCCUAAUGCUUCAGGUGCAAGCAACACAUCCUGACUGCUCUGUCGUCCUCUAUUUCCAAAAGCAAGAAGCUGAAUGUCUGGAGAUUCUGAGGAGUGAAAGCCAAACACCAGCCCCCUUGGGGAGGCAAGGCUGCCUGACCGAGUGGGAUGGAGUGAGCUGCUGGUCGGCUGUGCCGGUUGGUGAGUCCCGAGCAGUCACCUGCCCUGACAUCCUCCACAUCUUCAAGAAGUCCAAAGCACUGAUCCGGAGGAACUGCACCGAGUUGGGAUGGAGCUUGCCCAGCCCCCCCUACUACAAUGCCUGCGAGCUGGAGGCCGUUGGCAGUGCUAGCGACACUGAGGCCAAGAGAGGCUAUUUUAUUACCAUAAAGGUGCUUUACACUUGCGGCUACUCCACGUCCUUGGCAGCCCUGUUCUUGGCCAUCGGCAUCUUCUCCUGCUUCAGGAAGCUGCAUUGCACCAGGAAUUCUAUCCACAUCCACUUCUUCUGCUCCUUCAUACUGCGUGGGGCUGCUGUGUUCAUCAAGGAUGCUGUCCUCUUCUCGGAUGAGUCUGUCGACCACUGCAUGAUGUCAACGGCGAACUGCAAAGCAGCCAUCGCCUUCUUCCAGUACUCAGUCCUGGCCAACUUCUACUGGCUGCUGGUGGAGGGUAUGUAUCUGCAGACCCUGCUGCUGCUCACCUUCACCUCUGACAAGAAGUACAUCUGGUGGUACAUCCUCAUUGGCUGGGGAGUCCCCAUGCUGACCGUCUGUGUGUGGGUGGUCACCAGGCUGCAGUAUGACAACCACGGGUGCUGGGAUGACUACACCAGCCCUUACUGGUGGGUAAUCAAGGCUCCCAUCCUCUUGGCCAUAUUUGUGAGUAUGUCCCCUCAGCAUCUUAGCUCCAGAGCUGGGGGUCCCAUAUGGACAGGGGAACCCAACCAGGGAUCUGUGAAGAGCCUAAGACACAGCUUCCCAUGGCAGGUGAACUUCCUCAUCUUUCUCAAUGUCAUCAGGAUGUUAGCACAGAAGAUCCGGUUCCCAGACAUCAGCAAAAACUACAAGCAGCAAUACAUGAGGCUGACGAAGUCCACACUGCUCCUUAUCCCUCUCUUUGGGGUCCACUACAUGGUGUUUGCACUCUUCCCUGAGCACAUUGGUGUGGAUGUCCGGCUUUACUUCGAGCUGGUCCUCGGUUCCUACCAGGUACAGACUAAGGGGUUCCUGGUGGCCCUGCUCUACUGCUUCCUGAAUGGAGAGGUGUGUGUGUGUGUCCCAAAACCAACCUCUGGGCAUCACAGCCACAAGUGGGCAAAGACAUCCCCAAGUGUGCACCCCGAUGUGCACCACACACAACCAUGCAUGUGUGCACCCCUGGGCAUACAGACACCCUCAAGGGUGUGCCCUGAUGAGUGCUGCAUGCACACAACCAUGCAUGUGUGCAUCCCUGGGCAUGGAGAUACCCUCAAGAGCACACCCCGAUGAGUGCUGCGUGCACACAACAUGUGUGUGUGAACCCCUGGACACACACACAUGGAUGGGGUUCCCCACCCUCUUGCACUCCAAAUCCCUUGUCAAGCCCAGAGCACAGCUCCGGCCCCUCUGCUGGGUGCUUCUGGGUGCCCCAGGGUGGCAGUUUGUGGUGUCGGUUCAGGUCCAGGUUGAGAUCAAGAGGAACUGGAGAAAGUGGCAGUCAUCCAUGGAGAGCAACAUAUUCAACCUGGCAACCCAAGACUUCACAGCAUGAUGAGGAAGGUGUUCGGGGGGGGAAAUAUCUCCCCAGGGACCGCGUGGUGGUGCAGCUCCAUGGCUACAGUCCCCAAAGCACGACAGGAAGGAUGUUGUAGGUUCUGGCUCUGGCAUCCUCAGAAAAUGGUGUGAACGGCUGUUGGGAGAGGCUCUGGGUGGUGACAUACAUGAUGAUGUCGCCCCUGCCCAAAACUCUCUUCAUUGUUUGGUCAGUGUUUUCAGUAAAAGAAAGUUCUUCCACCUAUUCUGGUCCAGGACUGGCAGGAAACACAAAUCUCAUUCACAAAGGACAUCUGGAAUUUUUUAUUUGGGAUUGGAAUGAAAACUCAAGUGGCCUCAAUGUUAAGAGGAUUUGUUUUCCCCUUUUUCCUUGGUUUACAGACCCAUUUCCUUAUCGGAAUAUGCCCAGACAGAGCCCCCAGAAGCCAUUUCUGGUGGGAGAAGCAAAGACAGAGACAGACAAAAACCUGACAGCUCUCUACUCAGAUCCACCUGAUCACCCAAUCCUUUUUCCUUUCUCCCCCGUCUGUUGCUUCCACCACCCUCAGUGUCAGGGAAGAUGGUCCAUCACCCUUGCUAUGCCAGCUCAGAGGGGCUCUGUCCCUCCCCAGAGGCUUUCACCAGAGGGAUGGGGUGCUUGGCAAGCAGCAUGGCUCACCCAUCUUCACUGGGGAACUGUUUGUCUGGAACUAAUAAGA